AUGACAAAUGAUACACCCAAGUCAAGUAAAUCCAAGGGAAAACAAAUUAAGCAACCCGAUCUUCGACAAUUCAUUUUCAAGAGAAAGAGAUCAUCGGAAGGUAAUUCUUGCUCUUCACCCGCACCUCCCAAUGAAAAUGUAUCGAAUGAAAGUAAUGAUUCUCCUUCAUUCCCAUCAACAAGUGUUCCUCAAAGUCAAGAAAAUGAUAUGGAAAUGGGUGGCUCAAAUAAUAAUAAUGUACCAUUAGAGGAGGAAGAAGAAUGGUUAUAUGAUGUUGAACUUCUUCCUCAUGAUCCGGGGAAGAGAAUUAACAUUAUGGAUUAUCCUCCAAAACAAAGGAAUGCGGCGAGGAGAGCAUACAUUCUCAAAAAACCUUGUCAACCUAAAAUACAUGACUUUCCUCAAAGAGAGUGUGGAGGUUUACGUCGUUUUAGCGUUAAUUGGUUUAAGAAAUGGGAUUGGCUUGAAUAUAGUGUUGAAAAAGAUGCGGCAUUUUGCUUUGUAUGUUUCUUAUUCAAGAAUGAUAUUGAAAUUUGUGCGGGGGGUGAUGCUUUUGUUAAUGAAGGAUUUAGAUCAUGGAAUAAACCGGAUAGAUUUGAGAAACAUGUUGGUGGAAUUAAAAGUGCACAUAAUCUUGCUUAUGAAAAAUAUGUGAACUUAAAAGAUGCCAAAGAGAAAUCAAUCUAUGUUGCUAUGGAAAAUGCAAGUGAUGUGGUUAGAAGUGAAUAUGAACUUCGAUUGAAAGCAUCUUUAACUUGUUUGAGAUUUCUUUUGCUUCAAGGUUUGGCAUUUCGUGGUCAUGAUGAAAAAACAACUAAGUGCAUAAUUGAGGAGCUUGGUGAUGACUACUUUGGUAUAUUGGCGGAUGAGUCAAGUGAUGUGUCUCAAAAAGAACAAUUAGCUCUUGUUUUGCGAUAUGUUGAUAGAAAAUUUGGGAGGGUGAUGGAGAGAUUUUUGGGAAUUAUUCAUGUUGGUGAUACCACGGCUUUGUCACUUAAAGACGCAAUUAUGACUUUGCUUAUGGAUCAUUCAUUGAGUCCAUCCAUGAUUCGAGGGCAAGGAUAUGAUGGGGCGAGUAAUAUGAAGGGUGAAAUAAAUGGUCUUAAAACUUUGAUUAUGAAUGAUACUCCUAGAGCUUACUAUUUGGAGGUUUCUUGUAAAAGAAGAGAAAUGAUUAGAGAAAGUCAAGCUCAAAAAGUUGCUCAAGCCUUAGAUUUGGGGGAACUUGAGAGUGGGUCGGGGUUGAAUCAAGAACUUGGUUUGAAAAGGCUCAGGGAUACUCGUUGGGGUUCUCAUUACAAAAGUCUUUUAAACAUCAUCCAUUUGUUUCCUACAAUUGUUGAGGUUCUUGUGCACAUUGGCAAACAUGGUUCAUCGGAGGAUAAGUUCAAAGCCCAAAUUGUUUUGGGCUCACUAGAAACAUUUGAUUUUGUAUUUAUGGCACACUUGAUGUUAGCUAUUUUUGGGUACACUAAUGAUUUGUGUGUUGCUUUGCAAAGAAAAGAGCAAGAUAUUGUAAAUGCCAUGGAACUUGUUUCUUACACUAAAAUUGUGUUGCAAAAAAUGAGAGAGCAAGGUUGGGAGGCUCUUUUGAACAAGAUCACUUCAUUUUGCGUGAAACAUGGUAUUGUUGUUCCCACUAUGGAUGCUUCUUAUGUUCCUCAAGGAAGAUCAAGACGUUUUGUGGAACAAACAACAAAUCUUCAACAUUUUCGUGUUGACAUUUUUUUGGGAGUUAUUGAUUUGCACCUUCAAGAACUUGACAACCGGUUUAAUGAGAGAAACAUGGAGCUACUUACAUGCAUGGCUUGUUUAAGUCCUAAAGAUAACUUCUCUUCUUUUGACAAAGACAAGGUACUCAAACUUGUCACAUUUUAUCCCGAAGAAUUUUCAAGUCUAGAUGUGAUGUCUCUUGAAUUGCAACUUGAUAUAUUCAUUGAAAAUAUGCGAAGUGAUAAUAGAUUUCGGGAUUUGAAUGAUCUUAAUUCUCUUUCUAUGAAGCUUGUUGAAACGAAUAGGCAUAAGACUUAUCCACUAAUAUUUUUGCUUAUCAAGUUGAUGUUGAUUCUUCCUGUGGCUACCGCAAGUGUAGAAAGAGUCUUUUCGAAAAUGACAUAUGUCAAAAGUAAGUUGCGGAAUAGCAUGGGUGAUCAACUCAUGAAUGAUUGUUUGGUUACUUUCAUCGAAAAGGAUGUGUUCCUUCAAGUUCCCGAUAAAGAUAUCAUUGAUCGAUUUCAAAAUAUGAAGGCUCGUAGGAUGCAAUUGUAG